AUGGUGAGUAGUUUGGUAAUUGAAGAUAUGGUCAUUGAUAGUAGUAGGGAAGUAAAGUUUUUGGGAAUUAUUUUAGACGAAAGUCUGUCGUUCUCUAGCCAGGUGAACUAUGUGUGUAACAGGGCAAAGAAACGCCUCGACAUCUUACGCUUCGUGGCUGCGGAAUUAGAGACUGCGGAGCAGCCUACCUUGCCGACCGGGCCACCGAACGCCAGCUCUUCUUUAACGCUCGAGCACCGCGCGGCUAAACUUCCCAGAUUAGAUUUGCCUACGUUUUCCGGUGAAUACGAGGAUUGGGAAAAUUUCUGUGAUUUGUUCACCACAUUAGUACAUAAUGCACCCGGCCUGGCUGAUGCAACCAGGUUACAAUAUUUGAAAACUUGUUUAAAGGGGGCGGCGGCGGAUCUCGUUAAAGAUGUGACUACUACGAACGCGAAUUAUUCGGCGACGUGGCAGGAUUUGAAGGCGCAUUUUCACAAUCCGCGUUUGAUCGUGUACAAGCAUUUAAGGGCACUUUUGGAUAUGCCACACUUGAAAAGAGAAUCCGCGACAGAGUUGCGUUCAUUUGCUGACGAAGCUUAG